UAUAAUCUAAAUUAAUAUUAUGGGGAAGAAGUGUAUUUCUCUUUCGAUGGUUGUGAUGCUUUUAGGCAUGCUAGUAACAACAAUGGAUGCAAGUCAAAUUGAUGACGUCAGCUGUUCUGAGGCUCUUUUGUCCUUGUUGCCAUGUUUGCCUUUUUUGCAGGGAAGUGGCCCUGAUACACCACCCAGCAAUUGUUGCGCAGGAGCAAAUAAUUUAAAUCAAAAAGCCGCCACCACUGAAAUUCGAAGGAAUAUCUGUAAUUGUCUCAAACCUGCUGCAUCAAGAUUUGGAGUUAACUCUGACAGAUCAAAACAAUUGCCACAACUUUGUAACAUCAGUCUUUCAGUUUCAUUUGAUCCUAGCAUUGAUUGCAACUCGGUUCCAUGAUACUACAAUAUGAGGCAUGUUAAUCUUAAAGAAAUCUUGAAGAUUUAACAAGAUAAUUAUAUAUGUAUUAAUAAGCAAAGUGGA